AAUUAAAAAUCAAUACGUGCAUGUCUAUUAUCUUUCCCAUCUGGGUUUUCACAUUCUCUUAGCUCAUAAUCCAAAAGAUACCAACUUUGCAGAAAACAACUAGCCUUUCAUAUAUGGUGUUUGCUGCUUGUAACUGCACGAAGCAAUAUUCUGUAGGCUGAGUAUUUCAGCAUGCUGGCAAGGAACUUCUUUGCUUUCCUAAUUAUUGCGUUGAGUUCUUUCAGAUGGCUUAGAUAUGCAGAAUCAAAGCUGCCCCAUGAAGAAGUUGAUGCUCUUCAAGAAAUUAUUAGUACAAUGGGUGCAACCUACUGGAAGUUUGAUGGAAACUCUUGUCAAAUUGAAAUGGUGGGGUUGACACCAGUGUCACCCAGUGGAUCACAGAGCAGCAUUGGUUGUAAAUGUUUUUCGGAAAAUGGCACUAACUGUCAUGUUGUGAGCAUUUCGCUCAAGGGGUACAGCCUUCCUGGUGUGCUUCCACCUCAAUUGGUCAAGCUUCCUUACCUUAAAGAAGUUGAUUUUGCUCUCAAUUACCUAAAUGGUACAAUCCCUAAGGAAUGGACUUCAAUGAAUUUAUCUUCAAUCUCUCUUCUUGUGAAUCGUUUAUCUGGGGAGAUUCCUAAGGAGCUGGGAAAGAUGACGUCUCUAACAUACCUGUGCCUUGAAUCAAACCAAUUUUCCGGUCUUGUUCCCUCUGAGCUUGGAAAUCUUGUUAACCUGCAGACAUUGAUUCUGUCAUCCAAUAAACUUUCAGGACAUUUACCAGUAACAUUUGCUCAAUUAAAGAACUUGACAGAUUUUAGGAUAAAUGAUAACAAUUUCAGAGGAACAAUUCCUAAUUUCAUCCAGAAUUGGAAACUACUUCAACGACUAGAAAUGCACGGAAGUGGACUGGAAGGACCUAUCCCAUCAACCAUAUCUCUUCUAAGUAAUUUACUUCAACUGAGAAUUAGUGAUAUAGGUGGUCCAAGUCAGGAGUUUCCUUCCCUAAGCAACACGACAGCACUGAUAAAAUUGGUUUUAAGAAAUUGCAAUAUUACUGGGGAGCUGCCUGCCUACAUCUGGACGAUGCAGGACUUGGAAAUGCUGUGAGUAAAGCGUCUGAAUCUUAUGUACUUAAGGGAUCUCAGUUUUAAUAAGUUAGUUGGGGAAAUUGCAACAACUGUCAAU